GAGAGACAGGAAGAUUGGUCCACUGGUUCACUCCCCAAGCUGCCGCAAUGGCCAGUGCUGAGCCGAUCCAAAGCCAGGAGCCUGGAACCUCCUCCAGGUCUCCCACGCGGGGGCGGCCGUCCCCACCACAGCUGUGCUGGCAAGGGUCAAACGGGAAACCCUCAGCGAGGGCAGCAUGCGGUGUGUCCAUUUGGAGCAGCUCACAGCUGCUUCUCGCUCCAUGGGCUGGACCCUGCGACCCAGGGGCCCCUGGCUGCCUUCGGAGCCCUCCUUGUUCUGCACUAAUCCCAGUUCGUCUGGUGGUUGCCAGCCAUGCUAUAUAGAGCUGCCAUGGCCACAGCUGCAGGACACCCGGCCUGAUGGGCCUCGGGAGAACGAUGAAAAGGAGGAAACCGUGACUGACUGGACCCCGGACCGCAACACAGCCUCGGCCGGACCACAGCCUCUGAGGGCCCGCACUGGCCGUGACCCCGGUGGGGAGAGCCUGGGGCUCGGGGGUCCCAGUGCCGGGUGACAGGCUGCUGUGCAGAUGCUGGACAACAGAGCCAGGAUGGAGGCCGCCAAGAAGGAGAAGGUGGAGCAGAUCCUGGCGGAAUUCCAGCUGCAGGAGGAAGACCUGAAGAAGGUGAUGCGGCGUAUGCAAAAGGAGAUGGCCCGAGGCCUGAGGCUGGAGACCCAUGAGGAGGCCAGCGUGAAGAUGCUGCCCACCUACGUGCGCUCCACCCCUGAAGGCUCGGAAGUCGGGGACUUCCUCUCCCUGGACCUGGGUGGCACCAACUUCCGGGUGAUGCUGGUGAAGGUGGGGGAGGGCGAAGUGGGGCAGUGGAGCGUGAAGACCAAGCACCAGAUGUACUCCAUCCCCGAAGAUGCCAUGACCGGCACCGCUGAGAUGCUCUUUGACUACAUCUCCGAGUGCAUCUCUGACUUCCUGGACAAGCAUCAGCUCAAGCACAAGAAGCUGCCACUAGGUUUCACCUUCUCCUUUCCUGUCCGACACGAAGACAUCGACAAGAUAUGCUGCCACUCGCUGCCCGGGGUGUCUGAGGGGCCCCAGCUGACCAUAGACUCCCACCUGCCAGGAGCUUGCAGCAUCCUGUCUCCACAGGGCAUCCUCCUCAACUGGACCAAGGGCUUCAAGGCCUCGGGGGCAGAAGGGAACAACAUCGUGGGGCUCCUAAGAGAUGCCAUCAAGCGGAGAGGGGACUUUGAGAUGGAUGUGGUGGCAAUGGUGAAUGACACGGUGGCCACCAUGAUCUCCUGCUACUAUGAGGACCGCCAGUGUGAGGUUGGCAUGAUUGUAGGCACCGGCUGCAACGCCUGCUACAUGGAGGAGAUGCAAAAUGUGGAGCUGGUGGAAGGAGACGAGGGCCGCAUGUGCGUCAACACCGAGUGGGGUGCCUUCGGGGACUCGGGCGAGCUGGACGAGUUCCUGCUGGAGUACGACCGCAUGGUGGACGAGAGCUCCGCGAACCCCGGUCAGCAGCUGUACGAAAAGCUCAUCGGUGGCAAGUACAUGGGCGAGCUGGUGCGGUUAGUGCUGCUCAGGCUGGCGGACGAAAACCUGCUCUUCGGCGGGGAGGCCUCAGAGCAGCUGCGGACGCGUGGCGCCUUCGAGACGCGCUUCGUGUCGCAGGUGGAGAGCGGCCCUCCCACCCCGCAGCGACUCUGGCGACCGCAAGCAGACUUACAACAUCCUGAGCACGCUGGGGCUGCGGCCUUCAGCCGCCGACUGCGACAUUGUGCGCCGGGCCUGCGAGAGCGUCUCCACACGCGCUGCGCACAUGUGCUCGGCUGGGCUGGCAGGCGUCAUCAACCGCAUGCGCGAAAGCCGCUGUGUGGACGUGAUGCGCAUCACCGUGGGCGUGGACGGUUCAGUGUACAAACUGCACCCGAGCUUCAAGGAGCGGUUCCAUGCCAGCGUGCGCAGGCUGACGCCCAGCUGCGAGAUCACCUUCAUCGAGUCGGAGGAGGGCAGCGGCCGGGGCGCAGCGCUGAUCUCGGCUGUGGCCUGUAAAAAGGCCUGCAUGCUGGGCCAUUGAGGACGGCAGUGUGUGCAAGGCAGCCCUGGCUCGGUAGGGGACAGUUCUCCCAGCAAGAGACCUGGCCUGGAGAGGCCCCAGCCCCCCACAGCUAGCCUGGGGGAAUGCAGUAUAUGUCUGUGGCAGAGUCCGUUGGAGGGGCAGCCUAAAGGCCCUGCCACAUCAAGGAAUG